GUGUGUUCGAGAAAAUGUUCGAAAGUUUUUGCCAAACAUCAAAAAUCUCAAGUGAGGAAGCGAGAGUAAAAGGCUAAAGCAACGUGAAAUCUACAAAACUGUGUUUAAAUGCACUGUUUGACCAAGCUAAAUAGGUCGGGCAUUGGUUAUAGUCACGAAGAAGAAUAGCUCAACAUUAUCUUGGCCUGGUGAUGCAGGCGCUAAUGACAAAUGCAAUGAUUUUUGUUAGCAAGCCCGCUACAGGCUAGCCAUUGCCCUUUUAAACGCUGUCGUGCAGUGGAGGAGCUGCAGGAGAGGCUCGUCUGCCCGCCAUUAACCACCCAACAACAGCGGAAAGGUGGAGAACAUUCGUAAUAUAUCUUCCCAAAAGUCAGAAACUCGACGUAAUGAGGAAAGUGGAGUGCUUUGUCGUCGAGCAAACGACCGAUACGGCUAUUUGUUGGGCUGUAUCGUCGAAUGAAUGCGAAUGGCGAAGGAAAUAUUCAGGACGGAAAUUUAGUAAAAACAAAGAUGGAGAGAGUUCCUUUCUCCAGAGCUUCAAAGACGACAGAAUGACAACAUGGCGAUUCCUGAGACACAGUAUGCAGUUCUCUGAACACUUCCAAUAGGGGCAGACUGUUUUUACAAUGUUUAUUCGAUGGUUUAUACAUCGAUUUAAACCAUUUCGAUGUCGAGUGGUGUUAUUUUCUGCAUGAUAACCGAGAAACGACGACUGUCCACGCUUUGCUGUCCGGGCGUCGAGCGCGACGCACGGGGGCUCGUGUCACUCGAGCCGGCUGGCUCCAGUCACGGGCGAACACGAACCGUCGUUCACCAAUAAAAGCGUACAGGUGUUAUAACGUUACGAACAUACGUAAACGGACGACUCGUAUUCAUAAAGUGGCGUUAUGUUUACAAUGCAGUCGAUUAUUCAUAUUUAUAUUAUUGUUGCAAAGAGGGCAAUAUGGCGGGAACCAAUACGAGCUGACCGCUGUGGGUACCAUUUGUACGGAAUAAUCUGGUGGGGUUGAUACUUUACUCACACGGCAGAGUUUACGAAUUUGGUGUUUGCCAUUGUUAUUGAAAGCAUCGCAGGCGUGCAGGGUACUCGGCGAAACGGGGGGCUACAUAUUUGGCGGAAUUUGCCUACUGUACACUCCCUUUACUUGUUAAUUGAAGCGUCUAAAUAUGAAAACAACACUGACUAUACGAGACGAAGCGGUCGAAUGCAUGCCGAAUAUCGACCAGCUUAAGUGGGUUAUUGCAGCUUGGUAUAUGUUGAAUAUGUGGUUGGUUGACUCGAAGCAAGUGACAUUUUUUGUUUGUUGGCGUAGCUGAAUGUAGGUCUUAAACCCCUACGAAUGAAGAGAUAUUACACUUCCUUCGACACGUUACUUGGUCUUUCUGCAAUAACCUUAAAAUGAUACGCGUAUGCGAGACUUUAAAGUACAUUUUGAUAAAAGGCAUCCCUUUCCAUUAUUCUAUCACCAUGGCGCCCAUGGUCUAUAUAAAAAUGAACCGUAUAGGCAAACGCCAUAGGGACGGAAACGCACUGAAAUGCCGAUGUAUAUACAAGUUUAUAAAUGGGACCAAAACGUUUAAAUGGGACCGAGCUGUGUGUGCACCAUCGAGCAGGGAGGCUGCGAAACGGUUAAAACACUGCAAUAAUGCCAGCAAGCUGGAGAAUCGGCUUUUGAAAGUAACGAUUGAAUAUAGCCUUUCUUGUCUUGCUGCCCCUUCACGCCCAAUCUAGAACAGUACAAUGUAUUAACCUUGUUAACAGGAUUUUCUACCCUAUUUAUACUAGAGAAACACAAUCUAAAGCCCAUGUGGUCACCAUUACGUUAGCUACACAGGUCACUCAGAAAGCAAAAAAGUAGCAAGUUAGCUAGCAAGGCUAGCCUAAAAACUAAGGUUUGGUUUUAAAAAGCACGACUUACAUCAGACGGUGUCCUGUUUCUUAGUUCCAAGUGGAUCCUCUUUUUCAUAUUCAUCUUGCCCUAUGAAAGUUAAACUUUUCUCUCUGGGGUUUUGGUGUAAAUUUCAGUCCAAAGGCAGAGAGAUGCCCUAAUGGAGGGAGAAUAUGGGACUGUAUAAUGAACUGAACCAAACGCUAAGUUAGUCGGCGAGAGGAGAAACCAUGGAGGGAAACGGGACUGAAACAAAAUAUAUGCUCAACAGCGCCACCGCUGUCCAGAAACGCCCAUCGCCUGUUAAAUAAGGCAAUGCAGUCACAAAACAUGACGCUGCCCCGAAGCAAAGCGGUACUAUGGUGCAAUUCAUUUGUAGAACGUAAGUGCUAUAAUGACAAACAAAUUCACAGGCACCUAAUUAUUUGCAGGUUGAUUGUGUAUAUUCACAGGGUGUUGAUAAACAUUCGUUUAUUUCAACAAAUAAAUAAAAUGCAUUUACCGUAUUAAGUAGGUCAUAUUGUUUGCAUAGGUAAUCUGUCUAUUAUUGUAUUUUUUUGAUGAAUGCUGUUGAAUAUUCGAUUGCCGGUGAUAUUAACUAUCAUCUAUCACAUCAAACCUUUUUAAAGCAUAUGUUUUAUAUUGGUAUUCUACCUGUUGCCUUUCUAUAAGGCAGUAGUAAAUUAUAUAUGUAUUACACACUUGUAUUUUCUGUAAUAAUUGUGUAGCAAAUUUGGGGAAAUUAUGAAUAAAUAAUGCAAAAAAUAUUCGAUGAUAAUCUUUCGUUUUUGUCUCUCCAUUUUCCUAUGUUUAACUUGGGCUGAUAAACAAAGUAAUGGAGGAUGGGUUUUGGGUUUGCAGUGAAGAGAGCGUUUUAUAUGCUCGGGGUGGGUUGCCCCCCUCCCCAUAGCUUCCUGCUUAGGCCCAAGAUCCCUCAAGCAGAAGCAUGCUUGUGUGCCUCCACAUCCCCUUCGCCAAAUUGCUCCAAACUUAAGUUAACGCAAUUCCUAUAACAGUGUAAAUUAUGUCAAAUUCUGGAAAUACUUGUUCCUGUGACAUUAUCAGUAAAUUGCUUGUUUUUGGUGAGAGAGUUUAUGUGCCAUGGCAUGAUGCAAUGCAUCAUUAUUGUAAAGCAAUGUAGAACAAUAUUGUUGGUUUGUUGAACGUUAAUGCCUGUGUGAAAGGGCCUCUUGGACUUUAAUUAUGGAAAAACGAAUUAAAUUUUAUAUUUUUUUCCAUGCCAGUCAAUUGUAAUGGAUCCAUUAAACCAGCAGAGGGCAAUGGAGUCACAUCUUCUCGCUUUUUUGUAGGCCUACGCUAAACACAACUAGAUCAGUGGAUUUUGGCAGAACUGUCAACUCGGUCGUCUUUGAUAAUAAUCAGACAUAUUGAAAGAUGCCAGUAUUUGGGGAUGCUCAGUGCUUGUGGGUCUUUGAGAAUUGUCAACAGAGGACUAAAAGAUUGCCAGUCAUCGCUUAACCACCCUGAGCCGGACCUCAUUGGAAGCGGCUGUUUUCCUCAUCUUUCUCACAAGGACUAUUCUUAAAUGGAUGAGACUUUGAAUAUGGACAACGAGGUGUUGGAUUGCCAAGAACCUGAAACCAACCGAGUUGGGAUCCUUCGCCGUCUGCGGGACCGAGACCUGCUCAGGAAGAGGAAAGCCGAGGCGGAGGAAAAGGAGACUAAGCAGUGGGUUUAUGGGGUCGAGAGCAAGAGGAGAAGAGCAAGGGGAGAGCAGAGGAGUGGCACUGGGAGAAGGGGGAGACCAAGGAAGAUUGAGAACCUAUUUGAGAUUCUCCCGAUCCAGGAAAAGGAGAAGGGUGAGGAGCAAGUGCAGCAGGCUCCCCAACCUCCUGCUGAAGAAUCUUUACCUGAGGCAGUGGAGGCUGGCCCAGCCCACACCUUCUACUCCCGAUCGAUUGCUCCAGCGUACAUCCCCACUUCCCCAGCUCCGCCACUCAAUGUUACCUCAGUCGAGACCCCUGUCAUUGCCUCUUUUUUUACCAAUCUAUUCCAAACGGCUCCUACCCUGACCCUGAACCCUACCCUGGCCCAGGCACCUACCCAAACCCCUACCCCAGCCCCCAACUCUGUCUCAGAGCCCACUGAUCCAGCCCCAUCUACCCAAAGUCCUCCCUUGCCCCCUUCCUCUGGUCAAAGCCAAAGUGAGACCACAGUGGAGGCUCCUGUGUCAGCUGGGCCCAUGCUGGCCCUAGCUCCAGCUCCGGCCCCAGCAUCCCCUGCUCUUGUCUACACCACCGAGUCCGCAACCAUCGAGGCUGAAGGCCAGGUCACCAUCGAAGACUUGGGGCCCGAUGAGAUGGAGGAUGUCUGCUUGACACAGAAGGAAGAGGCGGUGAACCGUUUGGAAACUGAUUCGGUUGAGGGGCCAUCUCCACCCGUUGUGGCUCAGAGCACCAUGUUCUCCUCUCCUCUGUUGACCUCCCUGUCUACCACUCAAGGAUAUUUCACAGAUAAAUAAUUAAAAAUGAGAUUUCUGAUGAUGUCUGAAGAGAAUUCUCAAGGGCUUUCUACAAAAUUGGCUGUAGACUAUUCUUAAAUGGCAAUGCUUUGAAAAUGCUUGUAUUAAUCAUUUUUUUAUUCUGAGGCCUUAUAUUGUACUGCAUUUAAAUUUGAUUUAGGUUUUUUUUGCUUUAGGAAUUAACUGAUAAUACUGCCGUUUUAAAUUAUUUUAAAAACAAAGACAAACUAGUUAUUUUCAGUCAAAUUUAUUUUUAUAGUUUGGUUUGUAAAUUUGUUCAUGUAAAACUAGUUACUGCGAAUAAUAAUAAAAUAGGGUUUUGAAAUGUUACGUUUUGUAAAAGUACACUUUUUGUGGUUUCUAAUAAACAGGGGUCCAUUCAAAAUGAUCCUCUUUAAUGUUGGCUUUGAUAUACUUCCUUUGCAUCAGGAGUCGGGAAACAUGAUACAGUGUUAACAUAUUUCCUUUUCAAACAAUAAAACUGAGACAUGCAUAAACAUAUUCACUGUUAUUUUUUUGACUAGCAAUGUCUUGUAGUUGUUGUGUAUUCAUAUGCCUACACUGCAUAAUAUUACGGUUCAUUUAAAUAAAAAUAAAAACAUGGAUCAACAAGAUCAGAAAUCGAAUUUCUGACAGGAAUUACAUAUCAAACAAAGGCAUUCAGUGAGUAUGCACAGUGUACACACCGUCAACAAAUUG